GCUCACGAGCUGCUCAUAYGAGAAAAUAAAGAAGAAACAGUAGUAAAUGGGAAAAUGGCUGCUCCUGUUGGAUGUGAUCACUACGUACGCAGCUGUUUUUUGAAAGCUCCAUGUUGUGGUAAAGCGUAUGUUUGUCGCCUGUGUCAUGAUGCUGAAGAGGACCAUCAAAUGGACCGCUUCCUGGUCAAAGAGGUGCAGUGCUCAGUCUGCAACACAGUACAGCAGGCACAAAAAACCUGCCAGGAGUGUAAUGUUACAUUUGGGGACUAUUACUGUGAUAUCUGUCACCUGUUUGACAAAGACAAGAAGCAGUAUCACUGUCAGCCCUGUGGAAUAUGCAGGAUUGGACCAAGGGAGAAAUACUUCCACUGUCAGAAGUGCAAUCUCUGUUUAGCCAGUGAUCUACGAGGAAAUCACAAGUGUGUUGAAAAUGUUUCAAGACAGAACUGCCCAGUGUGUAUGGAGGAUAUGCACACAUCAAGAAUAGGAGCUCACGUUCUUCCGUGUGGCCAUCUUCUACACAAAACUUGCUUUGAUGACAUGGUCCGAACUGGUGCAUAUCGCUGCCCACUCUGUAUGCACUCGGCCUGGAAUAUGGAGGACUACUGGGAGCAGAUGGACAAAGAUAUGGCUCAGUCACCCAUGCCCACUGAAUACCAGGAUGCCACUGUGAAGAUCAUAUGUAAUGACUGCCAAACCCACUGUACAGUGCCUUUUCAUGUUCUGGGAAUGAAGUGCAGUGGCUGUGGGUCCUACAACACAGCACAGGAUGGGGGACUGAUACAGCAGCUCCAGGAGCCACAGCCCCAGGAGCCACAGCAAGAGCCAGAGCAUAAGCCCCAGUCCCCAGUGCCAGAACCAUAGAAUUAGAAUAUCUAUAAUUAUAAUUCUAUGGAGAAAACAUUAGGAGUCCACCCCAUAGUUAUCUCUCUACUCCACCCUACUUCCCCAGUCUACACAGACUUAACUAUACUAUCCACAUCUUUCCCAACGUUGCUCUGCCAAGAGUACAGUUAGUCAUGCCUGGGUUCCAGAACCUGGUUCCAGGUACUUGGGGUCCUAAACUUUUAUCCACAGUCUAGUGUGUUGUACAGCAGUUUUGGGAUUGAAUUUCUGUUAUUACAUACCCAUUAAAAAGCCAUUGCUAUUGAACUAUUUGUUCCUCAGAUAAAAAGCCAGCAGAAGAGAAUUGUGAAUGAGGAAUUAAUUCUCUUAUAGAUUCUCCGGUACCUUUUAGCCAGUAGUUCAGAAAGUAGAACUCGCUAGCCAAAAGUGGUCCCCGAAAAUUGCGCACUGCGUGACGUGCAGAUAUCUGCACCACAUCAUUGCUCUCUGCUGUGUUUGGUGAACCGUUGGGCCCGCCCUGCAACCUCAUUGGAUAACGCUGGGCAGAACACUUGUURGCURUCACUCAAAUGUGAGGGGCUGAAGCWUAUUGACUAGAACUGAAAUUGCUAGGCUUGGCCCAUUUGGGGAGAAAUGGAGGGAAAAUGGAGUGGAACAGCUUCAAGAAAACAGUUGCUUUCAAACUAGGGAUUUCGUGGCUAAUUAAGGUAAAACAGUAAUUCUGCUCAUAGAUUAUGCAUGUAU